CAACAAGGGUAGUGACUUGGGGAGGGAUCCAAGGUGUUUAAAACAUUGUUUUAAACACUAGGCGUUUCGACAAUUCUCUUCGUUGCUCGGCCAAGCCACAUCACCUACCUCCUCAAGUCACCCCCUGCCUACCCGCAUGAUGCUCUACAACACGCGACAGAGACUCCAGGUGGCCUUGAUCCUCUUCUUCAUCGUUGUUGCUUUCGCCGCUGACUCGGCAUGGAUCCCGUGGGCGACCGUGGUCAUCUUCUUGACCAUGAUCUUGAUCACGGAUCUCCUUUUCUUGGACGACAACCAAUUCAAGUAUGACCCGAACUACAAGAACUGGUCUCGACAAACCGACCCCAAGUAUUAGCGACCCCGCGCGAUGUUGACAACACUCAACCGAAUCGCGCCAUAGUCGUCAACCUUUCGUAUGCAUGAAAAAUAACCUCUUGGACAAUUUGUUCUUGUACGUCGUGCGGUUGAGGAAGUUACGCUAUUGAUAACACUCCACCGAACAACCUCAUUUGAUUCACUCCAGAAACCUCGCCUUUGUCCAGACGGCGAAUCGAAGUGCUUUGGCGACAUGCAUAUCCAGCUACAAGAGGCGUGGGAAGCUGUCCUCUAUCCUUUGGCUCCCAAUAUGGGGCUACUGGACAUUAGCCGAAGCAACGAGUAGUUGUGACGAGAAUCGGCUGCAUGCGAGGAGGAGCAUGCAUCUCGGUGUCGAAGUCUAUACGUUGUUGCGAUAAGAUCGAUAUACGAGUCCUAGCUGGCCA